ACUCGCGUGAGUUGCCGUAUCCAUAUGAGCUGCAGCUAAGUGUUCGCUCUCUAAGCUGCGGAAUGAGAAAGACUCUUUUGAGGAAUGUGAACGUGACGUCUGCGGACGAGCUGUAACUGCUGAAGUUUGGGAUUUGCGCGUUGGAGUUGGCACCUGAGUUGUUGAGUUGUGAUCCUGCUGCACUCCUCCACCAUGGACUUGGUUUGGAUUGUGGGCUUCGUGGUCAGCGUUCGCCUCUGGCUGGCUUCGGCAGAGCGACACAGUGUCUACUGGAACAGCACGAACCCAAAAUUCCUGUGGGACGACUAUGCUGUGGAGGUGAAGCUCAAUGACUACUUGGACAUCGUGUGCCCCCAUUACCCGCAGGGCGAGGUGCCGCUGCUGGACGCGGAGCGAUACGUGCUCUACAUGGUCGAGCAAGAGGAUUACGACGCAUGCAAGCCCCAGUCCUACGACCAGAUGCGGUGGGAGUGCGGACAUCCGUUCGCUCCUCACGCCCCUGAGAAGUUCUCCGAAAAGUUCCAGCGCUUCACUCCGUUCACACUGGGGAAGGAGUUUCGUCAAGGAGAGAGCUACUAUUAUAUUUCCAAGCCGCUCCACCAUCACGGGCAGGAGUGCCUCAGGCUCCGGGUGGACGUCGUCGCUGCCGACGGCUCUCAAGAGGCCAGAGUGGCUAAAGGCGGCUCAGAUGCGUCUGCAGUGGGAGCCGGGGGCGGAGUUCACAACCCGUCCAACAGACUGCCUGCAGCAGACGACCCGGUGGUGAGCUUGCCAGAUGUCCAGAAGAGCACGCGGACGAAUGCUUCGGCUGCGCUCACGUCGCUGUCAGCGCUGUCGUUCCUGCUGCCCUUCUCGUUGUUGCUAACAAUGCUCUGAGAGUGAACUGUAUGAAGACAUUUGUCUGAUGAUGACAAUGAAGCCAGUCGUUGGGAUCGAACCACCGACUCAAAAGAGUUUUUCGUGCCCAGUGCCGGACGCGGGGAGGAAUCUUGUAACAGACAGGAGGGCCAAGCGGACGCUUAAGAGAGGGUUUCCCUCUCCUGGCCGGACCCUCGAGGAUCGACGUCCUCAGCAUAUGAAGAAGAAACGUGACAUAACCUCUGACCCACAGAAAAGUCAUCUUUCCAACCACAUGUGUUGUUUGCCAUCUGUGGUGUUGUAAUCGUUGGAGUGGAUCAGUCGACCUGGUGAACCCUUCAGAUGUAGCACGAAGGCUGUUCUCUUCACACCCAUUCCUCAGCUCACUCAGAGACAACUGCAGACAUCUGACGCUCUUUCUCACUCCACGAUGAACCAUGGACAGUCGGUGAAGAUGAUUUAUAGCGGCUGCAUCGAAGAGACUUUUGGCUGUGUGUACCAUGUGCUCACGGAAUGUUGGAGGAGAUCAGUCCUGAGUGCUUGGAAGCUAGACUGAGUGAUGUUGCGAGGAUCAAAGUAUUUCUGGCCAAAACUGAGACGUUGUUUGCUGCAGAGAGGCUGGACUUCUCUGUUUGCUGGUCCAUUUGUCAUCUCACACUCAACAAGACCAUCUCCACACUCGCGCCGCAGCUGUCGUUGAUUUCAUUUGGGUUUCCGUGUCAGAUGAAUCUUCCUCCACAAAUCCCAACAGUGUUUACAAGUUUUUUUCUUAAGUGACUUUGUACAUGUGUAAGUAAAGACGUGUUAAAUAUGUAAAUACAUAGAUGGCUAUAUAAGAGACCCUGUUUGAUAUGGUAAAUGUGAAAAGUUCUUGUGACAGAAUAAAUAUUUUUGGGAAAACCAGACAAAGCUUUGG